AUGAAUUUCAUACGUGCAUUGAUGGCAGUUGCUAUGGUAUGGUUAAAUGUUUUUGCUGAGGAUCUCUUAGAGGCAAACGAAGCAGGAGACGAAGCGUGUGAUACCACAACCAAUGUCUGCUUUAAAUUCUUCCAUGAAUCACGAGAAGAGUGGAAUGUAGCUAGAGAUAUAUGUGACGACGAUGGAGGACAACUACUCGUCAUCGAUUCAUUUCCCCUUCACAAGAAGAUCAGACAAUACAUCAAUUCACAUCCUAGUAUUAAGAGUCCCGUGGGAAAUGGAUAUUGGACUGGUGCAAAUGAUAUACAAGAAGAGGGCGUGUUUCAAAUUAACGACUGUACUCCAUUAACAUACCGCGAUGGGUGGCAUUCCGAAAAACGUGGAAAAAAAAGAAUAACACAGCCUAGUAACACAGUGAAACAGGACAUCAAUGGACAGGACUGUGUCCAGAUAUGGGAACGUCCACAGAAAAACGCAGUAUGGAAAUUUGACGAUGACUAUUGCUGGAAGCGUAAAUCGUUUAUUUGCGAAUAUAAAGCUCUGCAAUGCGAAAUUGGGUUUUAUGAACACGAGGGAGAAUGCAAACCUACGGUGUCGUAUUUCGUAACGUUUAUAUUUACGGCAGUAAAUGGCGAGACGGUCACCUUCAGUGAUGUUUACGUCGACCCAACAUCGAACGAAUAUCUCACUCUUUUGGAGUUGGUUAGUGGCUGGAUGAACUCGAUCCUAGAAAGUACAGAUUUAUAUGGUGUUGAAAUCCUUGGAUUUUAUCCUGGUAGUAUCGGCGUCGAUACAGUUAUUAAUUUUGACCAAACUACAGCUACAACAAUGAACAACGUUCAGGAAACACUGACUACUUCAGCCGCCGCUGGUCCUCUUGCAAUAAUUCAAUCAACCAUCGUCGUAACAGAUGAGCGCGUACCGUGGCGGGUGGACGGUCGUUGUGGAUCAAUUUUCAGAGGAACAAAUGGGGUCAGCCCAGCUGAAUGUGAUCCUUAUAGUACCACACCUUGUUGCUCUUCGUCAAGAUUAUGCGGCAUUUCACCAGAUCACUGUGAUUGCGAUGGAUGUAUAGACUAUCGGGAUGUGUAUGGAGUCACAUUAGCACCAAUAAUUACAACUACAAUACCUACACCAAUCCCUACAACUGAAUCAGUUCAAAUAACAAGUGGUUCAAAAUUAGUUGUUGAUUCAUCGUCGGACGUGGCUAUUAGAACUCACAUUCCAGAACUGAGAGAGGUAACAGCUUGUUUGUGGAUACAAACAAAAGGAACCAACCAGGGGACACCAAUAUCUUAUGCAACCAGUGGGGGCUUUAACGAGUUCAUUCUAUUCGAUACCACUGAUUUGAAAGUCUAUGUACGGCAGAAUAAUGGUGACAACAGUGGCAUAGCUGUGAAUGAUAAUGAUUGGCACCAUUUGUGUGUCACGUGGUCAUCUGCUGGUGGUUUAUGGGAUAUAUUUGACAAUGGUGCUUUGGCUGCAUCUGGUUCAGAUCUUCGGAGUGGUUAUGUAAUCAGAGAAGGCGGUGUCAUGACUCUUGGCCAGGAACAAGACAGAUUACGUGGUGGAUAUGACCCUAACCAGGCAUUAAAAGGAGAGCUUGCAUACUUCAAUAUGUGGAGCAGAAUUCUUAGUGAUGAUGAAAUAGGGCAACUCGCAGCAGAGUGUAAUGGUGAAACAGAAGGUGACCUGUUUGCUUGGAGUUUGGCUGAUCUUGAUCUAGAUGGAAGUUAUGAGACUCUUCCAGCUGAUAUAUGUAUACAAUGGACUGGUACUGAGAAGUUAAUUGUUGAUACAUCAUCAGACGUGGCUAUUAUAACUCCCAUUCCCGAACUGAGAGAGUUAACAGCUUGUUUAUGGAUAAAAACAAAAGAAACCAACCAGGGCACGCCAAUAUCCUAUGCAACCAGUGGGGGCUUUAAUGAGUUCAUUCUAUUCGAUACCACUGAUUUGAAAGUCUAUGUACGACAGAAUAAUGGUGACAACAGUGGCAUAGCUGUGAAUGAUAAUGAUUGGCACCAUUUGUGUGUCACGUGGUCAUCUACUGGUGGUUUAUGGGAUAUAUUUGACAAUGGUGUUUUGGCUGCAUCUGGUUCAGAUCUUCGGAGUGGUUAUGUAAUCAGAGAAGGCGGUGUCAUGACUCUUGGCCAGGAACAAGACAGCAUACGUGGUGGAUAUGAUCCUAACCAGGCAUUAAAAGGAGAGCUUGCAUACUUCAAUAUGUGGAGCAGAAUUCUGACUGAUAAUGAAAUAGGAAAACUCGCAGCAGAGUGCAAUGGUGAAACAGAAGGUGAUUUGUUUGCGUGGAGUUCGGGUGAUAUUGAUCUAGAUGGAAGUUAUGAAACUCUUCCAGCUGAUAUAUGUCUACAAUGGACUGGUACUGAGAAGUUAAUUGUUGAUUCAUCGUCUGACGUGGCUAUUAGAACUCCCAUUCCCGAACUGAGUGAGUUAACAGCUUGUUUAUGGAUAAAAACAAAAGAAACCAACCAGGGGACACCAAUAUCCUAUGCAACCAGUGGGGGCUUUAAUGAGUUCAUUCUAUUCGAUACCACUGAUUUGAAAGUCUAUGUACGGCAGAAUAAUGGUGACAACAGUGGUAUAGCUGUGAAUGAUAAUGAUUGGCACCAUUUGUGUGUCACGUGGUCAUCUGCUGGUGGUCUAUGGGAUAUAUUUGACAAUGGUGUUUUGGCUGCAUCCGGUUCAGGUCUUCGGAAUGAUUAUGUAAUUAGAGGAGGCGGUGUCAUGACUCUUGGCCAGGAACAAGACAGCUUACGCGGAACAUAUGACCCUAACCAGGCAUUGAAAGGAGAAAUUGCAUACUUCAAUAUGUGGAGCAGAAUUCUGACUGAUGUUGAGAUAGGACAACUCGCAGCAGAGUGUGAUGGUGAAACAGAAGGUGACCUGUUUGCUUGGAGUUCAGCCGAUAUUGAUCUCGAUGGCACUCUUGAAAAAUUGCCAUCUGAUGUAUGUCAUUAG